AUGGCUAGAAAGAAGGCCCAGAUGGCCAAUGGAAACUACAGCGUUAGCAGUGAGUCCAUCAGCAAUCUUACACGACCACAGCUGUACGGCAUCUACGAUGCAGACAUCACUCACAGCGAAGAUGCUGAAGUCUACGAAGAAGCCAAAAAAUCGGUAGGAAAAUUCCCAGAAGACAUGAUCAAGCGCUCCGGAGCCCACGGCCAAAGGUCCAUGCUCCAGAGAGCAACUCACAUACUGUUUUCGUUGACAUUUCUUGGCGUUGCAGGCAUUUCAUACAACGAGCUCAGCAAGCAGCUUCACGACAACCACGAGCUGCACGAAGAGUUUGCAUCGAGGCCUUUGGCUUUAGGCGUAGAGAUUUGCCGGACUCUGAGCUUUGGAGUGGUUCCAACUUGGAUGGCUUACGCACUCGAGGGUGUGCUGUUUGGAGCACUGUUGCCACUCAUGGACACGCUGUGGGGCAGCCCCGUUAGGACCACCACUUUCACUUCAUUUUUGCGCUCCACCAAUGCGAUGCUUGGCGUCGCGUUCGGCAUUCGGAAAAUCGAAUGGAGCUCUUCUCUCCAGGCCAGCGGCGCUUGGUUUCUCCUAAACAUCGUGCUUUGGAUGUUUUUUGAUGGCACGCCAUCCAUGCUGCUAGGCUGCCUCGGGAUUGGUACGAUCGCCUCUGUCACCAGCUACCGUGACGUGACGGAGUUCUCCCAAAUGCUGUACUUUAUGGACUUUUAUUUCCUCGGACUGUUGCUGUUUGGUAAGCUGGGCAGAUACUUGUACGGCCAUCGCGCUUGA